UAAGGUUGUAACUGGAUGGUGGCAUGCUUUAUGGUUUGUAUGCUGCAAAGCUGACUCUGAAAAGCGUUCAAAAAAGAAAAAAAGACAAGAAAAAAAUAUUUUAGAGCAUGUGCAUGGUUGUUGCCAUGUGCUCCAGUCAAAAAGUAUUUCUAACUGAUCCGGGGAAAGGGGGUGUGGCACCCUGCAAGCCACUCUCGUCCCCCCUCUUUGAUGGAGUGGUUGCAUAACAUCCAGCCAGUAGGUAGCCCAACUCUGAUUCUAUCAUCUCACUGAGUUGUCCUGCACGUGCGCGGGGGUGUGUAUGUGUCGCUCUCUCUGCCUCUCCACGCCCCCCAUCUUUCAUCCCAGUGCUCCCAUAGGUUCGAUGCAAAGGUAACACAGAGACUGGGGGCUCUAUAAAGAUCCACUUUGUUCACGCGGCUUCUUUGCUCGUUUCAUUUCUUCGGUCUUUCUCGUUUUUCCAUCACUACACACACGCCAAAAUGCCCAGCAGGAGGAAGAAGAACAAGCGUCGCAUGAGGAGGGUGCAGGCCCAGAGGAGAGCCCUCGAGGAGCAGCAUGCAGCCAACCCCCCAGUCAAAGCGAGUCCCGGGAUCGCCGUGUGUGCGCCCCCUGCAGCAGCCCCAAAGAAAGCAGCUCCAGCACCAGUUGCAGCUCCAGCUCCAGCUCCAGCUCCAGCACCAGUUGCAGCUCCAGCUCCAGCUCCAGCUCCAGCUCCAGCACCAGUUGCAGCUGCAGCUCCAGCUCCAGCUCCAGCACCAGUUGCAGCUGCAGCUGCAGCUCCAGCUCCAGCACCAGUUGCAGCUCCAGCUCCAGCUCCAGCACCAGUUGCAGCUCCAGCACCAGUUCCAGAAAAGAUCCCAGAGAUCGUCCCCGUUGCUGUCCCUGUUGUGCCGACCCCCGUAGUAGAACAAGAACCUGUCGUGCAAGAACCUGUCGUGCAAGAACCUGUCGUGCAAGAACCUGUCAUAGAGCCCGUCCCAGUCGAGGCAGCGGUGCCAGAGCCUGAGGCUGUAGUGCUGGAACAGACUCCCGCAGAAGUUGAGGUUGAAGUCCCAGCCCCAGUCACUGAAGAAGCACCUGUCAUUGAGACUCCACCUGAGGAGCCCUCCAUAGUCGAAGCUGCGUUAGAACAGGAGGCUGAACAUAUCAUUCCUGAAACAGAACCAGUAACAGAGGUUGAACCUCCAGCUGAGACUCCAGCGGCGGCCCCUGUUGAGCCCGAGAUUCAGACAGAAGAGCCUACAAUCAUAACCACAGAGACUGAACAGACGCUUGACGUCUGCGAGCCAGAGACUGAAGUGAAGACCGAAGAAGCAGUCGCCGAGGUUGAGGUGGAAGUGUCGGUCACAGAAGGUGUCGCCGCGCCAGAGCCUGUAACCGAAGCUGCUGAAGAACCAGUGGUAGAAGCACCCACGAGUGACCAAGUUCCUGCUGAAGCAGAAUCUGCGACACAGGAAGUGGUUGCAGAAAUAGUUGCGGAACCAGUGGAGGAGGACAUUGCAGAGAUACCUGAGCCACAGCAGGUGACUGAAGCUGUCGUCAGUCUUGCAGCUCCAGUGGAGAGUGAAGAUGACGAAGCUGAAAUAGAAGUGUUGGCUGAAGAAGAUGCACCUGAAGUCCCGGCUGAGCCUGUUGCAGUCACAGAGGAUGCUCCUGCCGAAUGCGUGGAACUCCCAGAGGUGCCAGUCAUCGUCCCUGCGGCUCCGGUAGAAGAGAUUCCUGACACCCAGGACAUUGCUGACAGCCUGGUUGAUGACUUUGUUGUCACAGAAUCCGUCUCAGCCGUGGAGGACGCCAUUGCUGAGUCUGCCGCUGUCCAGCCGGAAAUUGAGGAAGUGAGUGACACCCUCAACAUCCAGUCAGAACCUGUUGAUGUGAUGCCAGCUGAGCCUGAGCCUGUUGCUGCCCCUGCAGAAGAAAUGGUCAUUGACGCCACUCCUGAGCAGACAUGUUUGGAUGUGCUGUCAGAAGAGCCUAAGCCAGAAAUUUGUGACAUGCCAUGUCAGAUGCAGCUCACUGUGGAGUCUGUGCAGCUCAGCUCAAUGGAGAUGACAGUGGAACCAUCGCUGAAUGGACACAUUGUUCCAGAGGUCUCUAUUGAGGGCUAGAUGCACAUCACGCAGCUUCGAAGACCUUCUUUUUGUCUAUUCCCCUUUGGCCAUUUGGAGGACUCAAAGUUUUACAGCUGACCGUGUUCAUAUUUUAGGGCUUACGCCAGGAAAUCGAAGGGACAUCCACACUUUGAAGUGCCUUUCCGGCCCUGGUUCCUGUCAAAACACCAAACCAGAUGCCAACAUGCCAAAACCUGCUGCAUUCACGGCAGCAGAACAGACUGUUUGUCAUAAGUGUGCAGAAAUGGAAACCUAUUGUGGCUCGUUUUUUUUUUUUUUUUUUUUUUUUUAAAAUCCGUAAUUCUUCCCGGAACGCGUGCAGUGAGUUUGCAUUAAUGGUGGACGCAGAGGUGCUUGAGAGAUGGAGAUUUCUUUAAUAAAUAAAUGGCAGUGCCUGAUGUUUCUUAGCAUGUUCAUCUCUCCAGCACAUUGGCUUCCACACUGCAAACACUCACUGCAUGUGAAAACUGUAGCGUCAACGACUGUGGCUAUAGUUGUACUGGGACCUGUAUUCAUAAGGGUGGGAGGGUCGAUUUUUGUUUUUUUUCUUUGUUUCACAUUUCAAAUGCGCUUUUUACACUCAAAGAGAUGCAUCUACAAACUUCCCCCAGCCUCCAUUUCUGUCCUCGUCUCUGUCCUGCAGUUCUCCUCUCCGCCUCAACUAAGUGCCAAAGCUAAGGCUAGUGUGACAUUUGAACAGAGUUUUAGAGCUUAAUGGCCACUUGAAAAUGACAGUUGGAGGGGAUGAGCUGAGAGGUCACUUUAUUUUUUUUUUUUCUCCUUCACUUUUUUAUUUCAUUUUGUAUCGACCGAAUCAUGUGCUACAGUUUUGUGUUCAAAGUCUGUGAUCUGGAGGGGAAAUGUAAUGUGAUCUGGUGAUGGGGGGGGUCACUGUUUGGCUGGUGUCGAGCUGACUUGGUCCACCUUUGGAAAUAAAGCUGUAACUCAUUGUAACGCAGGA